UUUUGUUUCCUUGUGUCUCUGCGGACCGGCUGUGCUGAAAUUUCCGCUAACAGAUUUGCGACAUCAAAUCCGUAAAUGCGUGUGUUCGUUGAAAUUCGUACGUCACCGCCCCACGGUUAGUGCGCCGCUAUUCCACCAUUCGAACCGAAACGAAGCUAGCCGGCGAAUCGUCGUCCAAAGUGUACAAGUGGCUUGGUGUGGUGUGCGGGCGAUGAAGAGGUGCGGUCGGUGCGCGUAGAACAAAACAUCCGGAAGUGAUACGAUACUGCCAAAACCAGACCAGUCUAGCACAAUCGACUACAGUGCUCUACACCCCCGGAUGUGCACUGUCCCACAGGGCCAAGAUGGGCGCGUUGCAUACUGUGUACAAUCGUAGCAUUCCUGCUUUCUUCUGCUACCUAAGCUAGUUCACCUUUGCUCGGCUCCUGCUAGCGCCUGAGUAUUUCGAAAGGUGAACCGGGAUAGUCGAGUGUGUUACAGUAGGUGCCUACGCCGUACGCACAGGAGGACGAAGACGACGAAGACGGCAACGACUUUUUUCUUUUGAGGACGCACGCUGCAAAACGAAUAUUUUGCUAGCGAAAAGACGAAGACGUUAACGAGAAAACGGCGACGAAAUACCGGACAGGACGAAUGCAAAACCGUGCAAGAUCGGUGUACCGUGUGUAUGUGCGUCCCGUAUGUGGGAAUGAGUAAGUGUGUGUGUGUAUGGGCGCGUGUGAAGGUGAUGUAAAAAGCUGUACGUUUGCAAUCGCCGUGUGCCUCUAGUGGUUUUUGUUGUUGCUGGCGUUUCAUUGUGGCUGUGUUUUGGCUGCUGUGUAUAUAUAUAUAUAUAUAUAUAUAUACAUCUAUAUGUAUGAGUGUGCGUGUAUGUAUUUGUAGAUGUGCGAAUCGUAGGUGCAGUGGAGUGUAAAGUAAGAAACCAAAAGAUCGCUACUCUGUGCAGGCAACGAACAACCCCUUGUGUGGCGCAGCGGUAAAAUCAGCCCCGCACACACACGCCGUCUGCAACAGCGAGAAAACAUCGUCCUGACCAUCUGACAUCAUCACGCAGAUUGGAAUAUCAACUAUCAUAUCCCCCGGACACGUAUUUGACUUGGUUUUACACGUAACCUCGCACAGUAACGCAACAGGGCAAGAUGGUGAAGGAAAAACCAAACUCGAUACGCAUCUACGACAAGGACGGAUACCGUCGUCGUGCUGCAUGCAUUUGCGUACGAUCGGAAGCAGAGGCGGAAGUUUUGUUGGUUACAUCGUCAAGAAGACCGGAAUUGUGGAUCGUUCCAGGUGGUGGCGUCGAACCGGAAGAGGAAGCAUCGUUAACUGCAACACGAGAGGUACUGGAAGAAGCUGGAGUAAUGGGCCAACUAGGCCGCUGUCUUGGCGUGUUUGAGAAUACCGAACACAUGCACCGUACCGAGGUGUUCGUAAUGGUCGUUACCCAGGAGCUGGACGAAUGGGAAGAUUCGAAAACGAUCGGACGAAAACGACAGUGGUUCUCGAUCGAGGAGGCCCUGUCGCAGUUGGCGCUGCACAAACCGACCCAGCGCCAUUACCUGCAGCAGUUGCGUCACUCGAAGCACCGGACAUACUCGUCGUCCGACCCACCGCCAAUUAUAUCCGAACAUGAUAAUGACGACUUUACGAGCGAACCCGAAACGAACAAUUGCACGCCGUCGGAAGAUAAUGCCGGUGACAAGGAUACGACCGAAUCGACACCGACGACACCACCCGCCUGCACCACAAUGACAGACGACGGCGACGGUGCACCUGCGGAAGCUGCGAAUGAACCAGUAUCGCCACCACCGACUCCAACCACUUAAAUCUCUCCAUCAAAUUACUGCGUUUAUAAUCGAUAUUUUAGUACGCUACUGGAAGUGGAGAGAGAGAGAGAGGAUCUUCAUCAGCAACAGGACUGUAUAUUGUUUUGUUUCGUUUUCAUUUACAUUGUUGGUGAAUAGAUCGAUUUCAUCACUCACGGUUUUGCAUCUUACAACUCGAAUACUUUCGGAAAUUUGCCAAGGUACAUGUUUAUGGAAAUUAUUGCGUUUUGCCACUUCGUACCAUGCUUAGAAUAAACGACAGUGCAAGCAAAAACUGACUAAACGAAAUAGGACUAACGCAGGCGAGAGGACGAGACAACCACUAGCUAAGCUCUUGCAUUACUUAGCGCAAUAGGAUUCAACCACCAAUCGGUAGAUGCGUACCCUUGAACAAACAAAGCCAUUUGGAACUUGAGGAAGAAAAACAAAAUCAUACCAAAUUCAACAGCUGUGCAUUGUUGCUUCGCCUUAAGAUUUUGGACACCACCGUUUCGAAGUGUAACCGAUAAGAAUAAGUGCAGUAGUAGUGUUGUACGGCUAUUAGCCGUGUAGCUGUGAAGAUAAAAGAAAUCGAGAUUAUUGAGGGAGGGAAACGUAAAACAGUCGUGGGGUUAUCGUUUUGCUUACCUUUUUAUUUUUUUUUAGAACGCGAUUCAUGGCCAAUCAUACCAGACCCUGUAACCCGUUUGAGUAGCAAAGAAAAUGCAGUUCAAGCGUUAUACUAUCGUUCAAAAUUAACAAAGCGCGUUAAAAAAGGGUCUCGAGCACAUACGUAUUUGCUGUUAUCGAAAGGAAAUGUUUAUGUUUAAUGCUGUGCUCUGGAACCUAUGCCAAAAGCAAGACUCUUUCGGUUUUAUUCAAUCGUUUUCUUUGUGCUCAACACAUCACUCAGCAAGCAAACGUUUGAUGUGGCGUAGAUGAUGGAAACAAUCGAAACCAAUUAUUGCGACGUUAGCACUCGUACCGUACAGGAACCUCUGAAUCCCACAAACUCGUACAGCACUGCGUGCUUUCCCCAAGCAGGAAAAGAUAGAAAACAAAAGCUAGCUUGCAAGCUGUAGAGAUACGUUGAAGUAGCAACUAACUAAGAGAAAAAGAUACAGAUGAACUACACAAAAUUACAAGAAACAGUUGAACUAAGAAUAAUAGGAAUAAAAUAGCACGUGUCGCACUCUCACUCUUUGAGCAAUCCCACGGGGCGGGAUACUGUGUUUAAGUUUCAAACAGCUAAAAACUGUCCUCACGUCGUGUUAUUAAAGAUCAAUAUGUUGUCGAGCAGUAGAGAGAAGUAUAAAAUUAACAAAAAACUUGUCCCACGCAUCUACAUCUGGUAGGAAGAUAUGUUUUUUAAAAGUUAUCAAUCAAACGCGUGACGAAAUAAUUUGCAAAAGUACAGCUAUCACAGAAAAACAAACUUAUGUGGGGCAGAAUAUUAAAUAUAAAUCUAUACACAAAUACUCUGGAGCACCUUGCAUGUGACAGUGUGCUUCAUUAAUAACGAAUGGGGAACGUGUGAUUGUUGGAAGGUAGAUUUCUAAGACCCACGCGGCUUAUAUUACAGAGUGAGAAUGUGAAAACGGGCGAAACAUUUAGGGAAAAUGAAAGUAAAACUUUUACUGUACCAGUGGCGGCAAGUAUUUGGAAGGGUGUGUCGUGUAAGGAAAAGAAGAAAUUAAAAAGAACCAACCAUUUGCUACUACUACUACUACUACUAACGACGACUAAACAGACGGAACACAACGCGGCAAAGCAAAGCGGCCAGAGUAUAUAGCGCUCGGGCUAGUAAUGAUUGCGUUAAGAUUUGCUAAAUUAUACCUUUAACUACUUAUACUAAUGAUACUUUAUUAUUGUAAUUUACCAAUAUAGGCACAGUCCAACAGCUGGUCCGAAAUUGCAUGAAAACAGAAUUCUGAAAAACACAGGUCGUGGUGUACCAUACGAACCAUUAAAGAAAAGCGGGAAAAUAGCGCUGGACGACGAAGCUGAAACUUUGUUAAAGGGUUUUUUUUAUUUGGGUGGGAAAGGCAAAAAACAGUUAAGCCAGGUUACGGUUUUAAUCAGAAGGGUGGAAAGCGCUAGAUACUAAACCUUAAGAAUUCAAAGUAAUUAACACCUACUCCAGUACUGCAAAUGCAAAACUCACCACGAAACAGUUGCACACUAGUGUUGUGGAACAGUAUAACUUCUAUUAAAAAAACAGAAAAACUUAGUUUCGGAAGUAAAAUGUGUUAGAAAUGGAGUGCAGAGACGGGAAGUAAGAAAAAUGUCAUAAGAAUACAUCAAAUGUAUUUGACUUUAUUAUAAAAGAAAAACAAACAGAAAGAGAGAAAAAACCAAAC